UAGUUUAUACAAAAAAAUCCAUUGGUUUCUUAAGUAUCAUAUAUUUUUUGUGUGUUGUUAGUUUUCAGGCAAAAUAUGUUAAAAGUGCAAGUCCUUUGUUUUUGGUCCAUCUGCCCAUUGUUACUUUCAGCCUAUGAGGCUCCUCAGGACAUAGAGGACAUCUUUGCCAGGAAGGCCUGUCCUGCAUUUCUUGUCUUUGACACUGUGGCCUUCCUUUCUGACAUGACCGUCAAUCUUCCUUGUCGUUGCAAACCAGAGGAGACCCAUUCAGUGGUGUGGUACUAUCAAAAACACAUUGGCUCCAGGAACACUAAAGUCCUCACAGACUAUGAAGGCACUGCAUUAUUGGAAUCAUCCAAAGUUGGCAGAGGGUCAGAUCUGCGUAGUCGUUUUUCCAUCCGCUUGUUUAGCCUUCUCAUCUUCAGGGUCCAGAAAGCCGACUCGGGCCACUAUAUCUGUGGCACGGCCUCUGGUGAGUUCUUCUACGGCUACGAUGUUGACGUCCAGGUGGUCCGGCACGUUUUAUUUCCCUGGAACCUCAAUCGGAGAACUCAAGCAGAAGAUGCAGAGAUGUUUCAGGUGUUCACGCGGCACCAGUCAUGGUCUAAAUGUGACCGCUGUGACAUCCAGGGUGAGCAGACCCGUGUGGGACUUUGUUUUGUCAAAAGCAUCUACCUUCAGGUACGUUAUCAGAGUGAUUCAGAGACAGAGGCUCCCUGCGGUUCCUCAGCCGUUCCUUUACGAUUUGGACUUUCAGGCAGCAGCUACGGAGCGGAGCUUGAGGUGAGGAACUGUAACGCUACCUGUCCUCCAAAACCUAAAGUAUCUCCAGAAAGACAAGCUCUGAUGAAGUUCCUUGAGAUUGAUGAUCAAGCUCAUUCAGGGGUUUCCAUCCACUUCUACAACCACCCCACAGACUCUGAUCUGGUUCUGACUUGUCCUGGUGCCAAACCGCAGUAUGCAGUGGCCUGGGAUAAAGGCUCAAAGCCGCUUUAUCUAUCUCAGUAUAUGGAGGGACUGAAUAGGACGUCUCGCAUCUUCAUUGACACCGGUCACCAUCUACACUUCAGGCCUGUGCAGCUGGAAGAUAAAGGCUCCUAUUUCUGCUGGAUCCAAGGAGAACUGGCAGCAGAGAUCAGAUUAGGGGUGUAUCUGAGAUUGGGACGUUUGCGUCAGAUCUUCGACCCAGAGUCUGUCUAUGCACUACGACUUAUUUUCACUUGCUAUAUUGGCAUUACUGCUGUGUUUAUCCUCACAGUGUUUGUUAGAUUUAUUUGGCAGAUAAACAAGACAGACACAUCUGCAGAUAUUGACUGAAUUUGAAUUUGCUGUAGUUGGAUUAGUGCUGUCAAACAAUUACAUGUUUUUUUACAUGAUAUAUGUG